GAGAUCUCCCCCACCACCAGUAAGCCCGAAAAAAGUUGUAUGAUUCGAUUAGUAAUUUAAGACAAACUAUUAAUUUGAAUUGAUUUAAAGUUCAAUAUAUACGUAUUAUUUAUUACUUGUAUUAAUUAUCUAUAGUAUCAAUUGCAAUGACCAAAUCGUUUGAAAUUGUAUUUGCUGUUCCUAUGGAAUGUGAAUCAUGUGUUGAAUCUGUUAGUAAUGCAUUACUGAAAGUUAGUGGAAUUAAUAAAUUUGAUAUUUCACUUAAAGAUAAUACUGUAAUUACUGAUGGUAUAGUACCACCAAGUGAAAUUGUUAGAGCAAUUCAAGGAACAGGUAGAGAUGCAAUUAUUAGAGGUACUGGUAAAGUUAAUUCUGCAGCUGUUUGUAUUUUAGAAUCUUUUGAUGCUAAAGAUUCUCAACAACCAGUUAAAGGUUUAGCUCGAAUUGUUAGUGUUUCACCAACUGAUUUAUUUAUAGAUUUAACCAUUAAUGGAUUACCAAAGGGUCAAUAUUAUCCAUCAAUUCGUAAAUCUGGUAAUUUAUCAGAAGGUGCAUUAUCUACAGGAGGAUUAUAUUAUCAACUUCAACCGGUUGAAAUUGAUGAACCAUCCUCAAUUUAUACUACAAUUAAUUCUAUUGGAGCUUCAGUUGUUUCAUCACCAGGAACUUUAUUUUCAGGUCAAUCAUUUCUUCAUGCUAAUUUAAGUAUUGAUGAUUUAAUUGGUAGAUCAAUUAUUUUAUCAAGAUUAAAAGAUUCUGUUACUACUGAUUCAUUAUGUGGAGUUAUUGCAAGAUCAGCAGGAAUUUGGGAAAAUGAUAAACAAGUAUGUAGUUGUAGUGGUAAGACAGUUUGGCAAGAAAGAGCUGAUGCACUUGCCAAAGGUAUUUCUGUCUAAUUUAAUUUAAUUUAAUUUAACUUAACGUAGGUACCGUAUAAUGAAAUAAAUCAAUGC